AUUUUUGUUUAGGCACACAAGCUAGACGAGCUGAAAAAUUAUAAGUUAAUUUUAGAAAAAUGCUACAAAAGCGUAAAGAACUGAAAAAAAUGCAUAAAAUGCCUGGAUGAUCUCCAGAAGGAGGUGUCUAAGCGCAAAACAUACAAGAGAUUGAUGAACUACAUGGAACAGCUGCAAGAACUGCAGACUGAAGUGGACAAGCGUCAAGGACCCCAAGAUGGACGAUAUUCCAUAACGGAAUCACUCAAGCUUCCGCAUCCCAUCAAAUUACCAGAGUAUACCAUACGUUUUGCUGAUCUAGACAACUGCGGUCGGGAGCUACUGGAGGAUGCUUUGAAUGCCAGGUGCAAUGCCUAUGCGCCGUAUAGCAAGUUCAAGGUGGGCGCCGCCUUUCGCACCAAAUGUGGUCGCGUCUUCACCGGCUGCAACAUUGAGAAUGUUGCCUUGACACCCGGCAGCUGUGCCGAACGCACAGCUCUGGUGAAGGGCAUCAGUGAGGGUUUCAAGUGCUACGAUGCUGGCGCCGUGGUUGCCUAUCAUGAGUCUGGCUUCACCACACCAUGCGGCGUUUGUCGGCAGUUCAUCAAUGAGUUUGCCAAAACGGAUAUACCCAUCUACAUUGGCCAGGCACCGGAGGUGAGCAGCAAGUUGCCCGCAUUCAAUGAUGACGACGAGGUGCUGGUCACCUCCAUCUAUCAUCUGUUACCACAUAGCUUCACAGUGUUCAAAUAAAAAAUUUGUGAUAUGUAUGUGAUAAAAGAUAAUAUUAAAUAUUGAAUUGCACUUUUUAAUCGAA